AUGACCAAAGAGCAGCCCCGUCCCACAGCACCCUCGUUCGAGCAGCAUCCCACCGGCUUCGGAAUCGGGGUUGCUGCGCCCCGUAUCUCAUGGCGAUUUCUCUCGCCAGACGCGGUCUCGGGGUGGGAGCAGUCUGCCUACGACGUUGAAAUCAUCCAUCUUCCCACCUCCAAUGUGGAAUCCCACCACGUCCCCAGCGCGGACUCAGUCUUGGUUCCCUGGCCCAGCCAACCUCUGCAGCCUCGUGGCCGGGCGCGUGUCCGAGUGCGCGCUUACGGGGCUGAAGGAAACCCAACCGAGUGGUCUCCAUGGGUAGCUGUGGAAUGCGCUCUGCUAGAUCAAGGAAACUGGGCCGCGCGUCCAAUAACAACAAUGGCUGAGACCGAGCGCGACGGCCCCCAGCGACCGCUGCGAUUCCGUAAGUGCUUCACGAUCCCGUUUGCAUUGCCUAUCGCCAAGGCGAGACUCUACAUCACCAGCCUAGGAAGCUAUCAUGCGUACAUGAACGGGCGGAGGGUUGGGGAUGAGUGUCUGGCGCCGGGCUGGACGAGCUAUAACCACCGCAUCAACUACCAGGUGUUUGAUGUCGCGGACCUGAUCAAUGCUGGUGGAGAGAAUGUCCUUGCCGUUGAAGUUGGGGAAGGCUGGUACGCAACCCGGCUAGGGUUCUUCGGGGGUAGGCGCUGUAUUUGGGGGGAGGAUCUGGCGGUGCUGGCGCAGAUGGAGGUGGUGUCGGAGGCAGGGGAGGAGUUCCAGGUUCUUUCGGACGAGUCGUGGAAGUGCAGCACCAGCGCCAUCAUCCGCAGUGAGAUCUAUGAUGGUGAGCUUUAUGAUGCGCGAGAGGAGAGUGAUGGAUGGACGGGUGGGCAGCCCUUUGACGACAGCUCCUGGCUGGGAUCGAGAGCCCUUCCACUUCCUUCAGCUCGCCUGGUGAUCCCCAAUGCUCCUCCAAUCCGGGUUACGGAGACGAUCAAGCCGGUCAAGAUCUUCAACACGCCGCUGGGCAAGACGAUAAUUGACUUUGGGCAGAAUCUGGUUGGUACACUGUGUAUCCACCUACUGCAGAAACCGCCAGGGAGUAGGGUGAAGUUCACCCACGCCGAGGUGCUUGAAGAUGGCGAGCUUGGGGUGCGUCCGCUUCGAGACGCAAAAUGCACGGAUGGGGUUAUCACCUCUGACAGGCCUCUGCGAGAUUGGUCCCCGCGGUACACUUUCCAUGGGUUCCGGUAUGUGCAGGUAGAUGGGUGGACUGCAACAGACCCCUGCCCCCUGACGACAUCGAGCGUUAGUGCUCUGGUAAUGCAUACGGAUAUGGUGCGCACCGGGCACUUCUCCUGCUCGCACGCCAUGGUGAACCAGCUACAUGAGAAUGCUGUAUGGAGUAUGCGUGGUAAUUUCCUCUCCGUCCCGACGGACUGUCCACAGAGAGACGAGCGCUUGGGGUGGACAGGGGACAUUCAGAUAUUCUGCCCAUCCGCCAGCUUCCUCUACAAUACUGCCGGUAUACUUGGCGAUUGGCUGCAGGACGUCGCGCUGGAGCAUCUGUCUCAAGAGAACUUGAUCCCGCCUCUGGUGAUCCCCAACGCAAUCGGGGACCUCUGGUCCGGGGACCCCCAGGCGGUAUGGGAUGAUGUUACCGUGCUCACACCGUGGGACCUGUAUCAGAGCUAUGGCGAUGUGGAGAUCCUCCGUCGCCAGUACCAGAGUAUGGUAGCAUGGGUAGACAAAGGCAUCCUCCGUGGUCCGGAUGGUCUGUGGGAUGUUGAGCAUUGGCAGCUAGGAGACUGGCUGGAUCCGAAUGCGCCACCAGAUCAGCCAGGGAACGCGAGAACAAACGCUACCCUCGUGGCAGAUGUGUACCUGAUCCGCGUCACAUCAAUCAUCGCCCAAGUGUCUGACCUUCUGGGCGAGGACGCCAACGCCGCCAGGUAUCACAGCGACCACGCCCGUCUGAGAGAAACCUUCCAAGCCAAAUACAUAGCCCCGUCAGGUCUCAUUGUAGGCGACUCUCAGACUGCCCUCAGCCUCGCGCUGCUAUUCUCCCUCCAUGCGACAGAGAAGCAGAGAGCCACUGCCGCAGAGCGCCUUGCAUACCUUGUCCGUCUUGCAGCGUUCCGCGUGUCAACAGGCUUCGUCGGCACCCCAAUUAUAACGUAUGCACUAAGCAGCACGGGAUACUCACAGCUUGCCUAUCGCAUGCUCCUGGAGAGAGGCUGUCCCUCCUGGCUUUAUCCUAUUGCCAUGGGCGCCACCACAAUCUGGGAGCGGUGGGACAGCAUGAAACCUGACGGCUCUGUUAAUGGAGGCGAGAUGACGAGUUUCAAUCAUUAUGCGCUUGGGUCAGUGAUCAACUGGCUGCAUUCAACCGUCGGGGGGAUUAGUCCACUCGAAUGUGGCUGGAGGAGGAUCAAAAUACAUCCAGUCCCUGGGGGGACUAUAAGUUGGGCAAAGGCAUCCUACGAGACCCCAUACGGCGCCUUGGAGUCCUCGUGGGAGGUCCUUGGAGAUACUUUCGUUCUUGAUCUCCUCGUGCCACCGAGUACCAAAGCUUUGGUGGUGCUCCCCGGUGAUGCUGUCGAGCAGUGGGUGGGAUCAGGCCGGCAUUCGUUUCGUACGCCACAUGUCUGCAAGCCUUGGCCACCGAAGCCUGUUCGCGAUUUUCUUGGGCAGCCUAGCGAGGAGUUUAUUGCAUAG